AUGUACGCCCCAAACCUCCUCUCUAUUCUCGCCUUCACCAGCGCCGCUCUUGUCUCCGCCAACCCGGUCUCGGGCAGCGGGAAACCCAAUGCCGUGGGGCUCGAGCGGCGCUGGUGGCCGUUGAAGCAGCAACAGGCAACGCCGGUCCUGGCGAAACAGCCGACAACGCCCCAACCUCAGUGCCCCAACUUCUUCUCCGUCAGGGGUUGGUUCAAGCAGAAGGAACAGGGGCACUGCUGCACGCAGCACGGGGACUUGGAUGCUAUAAGUUGCUGCAUGCUUACCGCCACCACUCCCCUACCGGGCGCAACGUCCGAACUCCGUUGCGACAACACCUACUUUUCCCAGGCCCGAUGGUACAAGCUGUUGGAGGCGUGCAACACAGGCAAGCAACAACGAUACAUAUGCGAGGCAAACCAUAUCCCGGACAUGCCUGAGGUCAGGAAAAAGUACACUUCCAAUGGCGGCAAGACCACUUUUGGGGCCACGGGAACCUUAAACAAUCACCCUGGAGUGUCACGGUUGGGACGAUACCCCAACGGUGACCCUGCUCCUGCAGACAAUCAAGACAUGUUAGGACAAAGCCAAGGAUCGAACUUUGCGGGACCUGCUCGCAAACAUAACAAAGCAGAUUCAGGCCACCCUCCUACCAUGAACAGCCAUUUGCGGACUUUGAUUGGCGAAUAA